CAAGAAAAAUAAGAGAAACACAAAUCAGCACAUAAUCUGCAAACACCCAUAAAACCUAGUUAGGAGGUAAGCAAGAACCAAAGGCAGGAGUAGCAAGAAAAGCUAAAACCCACUCUCCUACCCCAAAAAUAUUCAAACAAGCGAAGAAAAGAAUUAACUCUCCUCUUAUUAAUUACCCUCUUCCCUUCAUUUCUCCUCCUCCUCUCUCAAUUUGGAAUUCUUAUCACCUUCUGUCUCUCUUCAUGGCAUUAUUUUUUAGCAAGAUUGCCAUGUUCCAUAUUUUUCUUGUAUUCUCUUUAAUUUUAUCAGAUUGUGGUUUUCUAGAAGGAGUCGAGUCUCUUGGAAUCAACUAUGGUCAAGUGGGAAACAAUUUGCCACCACCAGAGAAAGUUCUUGAUCUUUUAACCUCUCUUAAGAUCACGAAAGCAAGAAUCUAUGACACAAAUCCUCAAAUCCUAACUGCAUUUGCUAAAUCCAACGUUGAACUUAUUGUUACUGUGGCAAACCAAAUGUUACCAGUUAUAAUGGACCCACAACAAGCCCUUCAAUGGGUUAAUACCCAAAUCAAGCCAUAUGUUCCGGAGACGAGAAUCACCGGAAUCUUAGUCGGAAAUGAAGUCUUCACCGAUGAUGACACAACAUUAUUAGCCUAUUUAGUUCCAGCGAUAGUAAGCAUUCAUAGUGCAUUAGUUCAAUUAGGCCUAGAUAGUUACAUUCAAGUGUCAACACCUAAUUCCCUAGCUGUUCUUGCCCAAUCUUUCCCUCCAUCUGCCGGAACUUUCAAUACCGAGGUCACCGGAGUCAUGUCACAGUUUUUGCAAUUCUUAUCAAGCACUAAAUCACCAUUUUGGAUCAAUGCAUACCCUUAUUUUGCUUAUAAAGAUGACCCAAACAGGGUUUCAUUGGAUUAUGUUCUUUUUAACCCUAACUCAGGAACGGUGGAUCCUUACACCAAGUUAAAUUAUGACAACAUGUUAUAUGCACAAGUAGAUGCAGCUAUUUUUGCAAUGGCUAGAUUAGGUUAUAGUGGGAUUGAAGUUAGGAUUUCAGAGACUGGUUGGCCUUCAAAAGGAGAUCCUAAUGAAAUUGGCGCAACAAUUGAAAAUGCAGCAAUUUACAAUAGAAAUCUGUUGAGAAGACAAUUGGAGAAUGAAGGAACGCCUUUAAGGCCUCAAAUGAAGCUAGAAGUAUAUUUAUUUGCUUUGUUCAAUGAGGAUAUGAAGCCCGGACCGACGUCGGAGAGAAACUAUGGUCUCUAUCAACCUGAUUGUACAAUGGCUUACAAUGUGGGACUCUCUGCCCUCUCAAGUCCAUCAUCAACAUCAUCAGCUUCCAUUUCUCUCACUAAUUCUGCGUCUAAGGCUUCAAACAAGGAAUACCACAGCUUGGUGUACUGGAUGUUUUUGUAUUUGCUGACCUUCCAAGUUAUUAUGAGAAGACCAUAUUAAGCAAUUGGAUCCAAA